AGCGAUCAAUUAGGAGCGGAUCAGAGAUCUAAUUUCAAUUAGAUUGCAAGUAUUUGUACUCUCCGUUUCCUAUCGUUUGUUUUAGUAUUUUAGUAAAAUAGUAUUAAAAGAGAGAUAUGUACAUCAAUAUUGGGUGAUGAAAUUAUGUAAUCGACAUUUUGACUCCUUCAAACAGUCACGUUAAAACCCCGAUUAGUUAAUCAAGAACCUCACAAGAGAGAAAUCUUCUAAAUUUAAUGUCCAACUUGACAGGAUGAACAAGAAUUGGAUUGCAAUGUGUCAAAUCAUGGCCAAAGUUCUUAAUCAAUUUUCUUUUGCAUCAAAGAAAGGAGCCUGUUGAUAGACAGAAAUACAAUCAAUUAGCACCUGCAGAAGACAUUUUGCACACACUUUUCAGGAAACAUCUUUAAAUUAGAAAUCUCUCGGCCAUAACUAAGCGGGUACGCGCUACUCUAUGCGCAGAUGGAUAUUGAUUUCGGUUCUAUAACGUAUAUAUUGAGCUCUAUCGCCUUCUUCUUAAGUUCUCACAUUUCAUUGCAUGCUUGCUCACAAGUUCUAGUCUUUGGCUUAAAUAGAAAUAUAUCAAAUUACACGAGACAUUUGGUAUUCAGUGUGUCUAUCACGAUUUUGUCAUCCAAGAAAUAGUUUACACCAAAGGAAGAUAAUAAUGUCCAUUGGGUUAUUAACAUCCACCAUCCAGGCAGCGAAGAGGAUCCGGGCUAGAGCAGAGCCGGUGGUUCAGAAUUUUGGAUCGGGCGUGGCAUCCUUAGUAAAACAAGGAGACGACUUUUCUUAUUUAGGAAAGAAGAAAUCUUUGUUAGACUUCAUACGUCUCAGUGCCGUGGUUUGCGGAAUCGAAUUCUGUUAUGCUGCAGAAACUGCUUUUGUUAGCCCAAUUUUGCUAAAACUCGGUGUACCAGCAGCGUUUAUGUCACUUGUUUGGUGUUUAAGUCCACUUUUGGGAAUUCUGCUGGUACCCCUUUUAGGUUCUCUAAGUGACCACUGUAAAUUGAAAAUCGGUCGUCGACGCCCAUUUAUCAUUUUUCUGGCAACUGGAAUUGUUCUUGGAUUAAUCAUUGUUCCCAAUGGCAAAAUGUUAGGAAAACUCAUGGGUGACCAAAUCGACGAUGAUUUUAACAAUGACUCCAAUAUUUCACUUUGGAGUACUGUAAAUUUUGAAGGGAAACUGAAUUUGAGCAAUUCAUCUUUUAACAAAUCAGAUUUAUAUCAGAGCAAGAAUGACUCGGAGAUCUCUCAAUAUCAUGAAGACCACACAAAAGGGAUUGUUGUCACUAUAAUCGGAGUAGUUCUUUUGGAUUUUAGCUGUGACGCAGCUCAGUCUCCAAGCAGAGCCUAUCUCCUGGACGUAAGCAUCCCCGAGGACCAUUCCAGAGGACUCAGCACGUUUUCUAUCAUGGCAGGACUUGGUGGAUGCGUAGGCUACGUUUUAGGAGGAAUAAACUGGGAUUUAAAGCACGCAAAAGGGUGGUCUUUAGAACAACAUGUGAUGGUCGUUUUUUCCGCAGUUACGGUAUUUUUCAUUAUAUGUCUCUUUAUCACACUAACAAGUUUUAAGGAAAUUUCUUUGCAUGAGCUAUCAGCUGAGGAUUUACAAAAUUCCACGAAAACUAUGAAAAAGGCAAAGUACAGGAAAUUUACAAACGAGGGAGAUGAAUAUCAGCAUGAUCAACGCGAAGAGGGCAAUAUACACACGUCAGACUCAGUCCAUUAUGGAUCGACAGACGGUUCCAACACUUCAGAAGCACGGACAAAAACAAACCAGUCCGGUACAGAGGAACAAGAGAUUCCUGCUCAACAACCUUCUUUACAAAAUUCAAAUCUAGCUUCUUUGUUGAACGAGGUGAAAUUAAAAACGUAUUUUGUUUCAAUAAUUCGAAUGCCCAGGUCACUGUUUAUUCUGUGCUUGACUAAUUUGUUUUGCUGGAUGGCUCUCAUCUGUUACUCCUUGUAUUUUACUGACUUUGUUGGACAAGCGGUUUACGGUGGAGACCCAAAAGCGCCAAAGUUGAGUCACUUACAUCAACUCUACAAUGACGGAGUUCGUCUUGGUUCCUUCGGAAUGGCGUUGUAUUCUCUGUCAUGCGCAGUGUACGCAAUGUUUGUUGAGGGACUGGUUGAAAAAUUCGGAGCAAAGAAGGUAUAUAUCGGUGGACAACUUGUCUACACUGUUGGUAUGGUCAUUAUGGCGGCUACCCUGAGUCCUGUCACUGUGAUUCUCCUCUCUCCUACUGCUGGGGUCAUGUACGCCACACUAUUUACCUUACCCUACAUGAUAGUAGCCAACUACCAUAAUAAAGAACAGUUUUCUCUCGAAAAUUUGAGCGAAGAAAACAAGAUCCGGGGACUUGGGACGGACGUGGCCAUCGUCAGUAGCAUGGUGUUUGUGGCGCAGUUUGUGCUGUCGACCUUUGUGGGAUCUGUAGUAGACGCCACCGGAAGUACCGUCGCCGUGGUAUUUCUGGCAGCCCUUUUCAGCUUUCUUGGUUCUCUGUCUGCAACUCAAGUCCUCUAUUUAGACUUAUGAAGAACUGGUACACUAAUCGAUGAUAGUCACUGUUGAUUUGAACUCCAUGCUCUCCAUGCUGUUACUGUACAUUUGCAAAACUAGAGUUUCUCAUUUCUAGGAUAAACAAUUAUAAUUUGACUUGAUAGUUUAUGGCAAAAGGACAAGAGCGUACAAGGCCUGACAAAUCCCCUCGUGCCCAGGAGUUUGAAAUGGCAUAUGAACAUAUAAAAAAUCUUUACUUUUCAAAGUGUGCAUCAGUACAUGUACAUGUAUAAUACAGCACUGCAUUCUCUGACAAAUAAAUAAUAUACAUUAAUUCAUGUACUUGGUACUAGUCUUAUUUUCUUUGUUUUAUUUGUUUGCAUUUUAAACAUUAGAGCAUGAUCUCAUAAUUGAGCUAGCGCAAUUUUUAUCCAACAUUGUGUGUACAGAUUAUGAAUAUUACGUAAUUAUUAUCAUUAUAUGAAUGGUAUUGGAUAUUUUUUUCAUAAUAAUCCAGUAAAAAAGCCAAAAAUGUUUUACUUUAAAGCAAAUGAGUUAAAAAUAAAACGCCGCCGUCUAUACGAUUCGAACACCCUCUCAAUCGAGAAGGAUGGACUACGAGCCUCCGCGUAUCGCAGUGAGCUACGUUAAUUACAAUAUGUAGAUUAGCCACAUUAGAGUAAAGGGGAAUAUCUUUAACUGUUUGACAUUAAUUAGUGAAGUAAAAUGGUUUUGGUAAAAACCACGAAUUUGAUUCAUUAU